AAAGGCAUCAAAAACAUGUCGACGUGAGUAGAUUAUUGUGUCAACUCGUUGCUAAAUUGAAUGUUAUUUAUCUUCAUUUACUUCUUAAUUCACUUUACUUUCAUCGAAGAUGGUUGAGAAACCUAACUUAGAUAAUCUUAAGUACAUAGGUAAGGGUAUUGUUGUUGAGAUCGGAAAAGAAUUCGGGACUCGAUAUCCGACUUUUCAGCACCUCGUAAUAAAGCCUGCCAUAGAAUAUCCGAAAGAAAAGUGUAGUAUAUAUUCUAAUGAAACUUCGGUAGUGAGAAUAAGUGCCGGUAAUGUUAUCGUUCUCGAUUCCGUUGAUUGUUUUUUUUGCACUAGAAGCUACCUGGUUUCCAAGUAUUUGCUUAUGCUCACCCGAUGACUGAAUGGAAUGACAAUAAUAUCCACCAACUAGUUCUAUCAGCUGUUACCCACCAAGCAAGUGCCUGAAAAGGUGUGCCGCUUAAUUAAGACACUCCAAGUUCAUAGUCUUCUAAAAAAUUUUAGUGACGAUAAAAUAAACUUCAGAGGUUGAUUCUCCUGAAUAAUGUUAAACUAUGGAGCGAAUUAUUUUUGGCCCCUUUGUCGUUUCAUUUGUUAUGAAAUUCCAUAACACUUGUGUCAUCUUUUAAGCAAUUGCGUGAUUGCCAAAAUGUCAACCAUAUCAGCUUUGGCCUGUCAGUCAUUGCCUCACUACUCUGAUUUUGAUACAACUUCAGAGAGUGGUCUUUCUGAUUUAUCAUACGUUCUCCCUUAUCGCCCAAAGAAACCCUUAACCAGGAAUAAACCUGUGAAAACUGGUCCUGGCGAAAUAAGGCUUGGAGCACGGGCGAUGAGAAGAUACGAAAAUGAAGUUUAUUUAAAUACAUUAGCCGUGAUCACUGAGACCGAUGGAGACAAUGUUGAUGAUUAUUGGCCUGAAAGUUUUAAUUAUUGUUCAACGUUUACUAAAUUACUAGAAGAUCAGAAUAUUCGAGCUGCUUGGGAUGCAUUUAUUCAAUUAUCUGAAAAAGAACAAGAAAAGCUUCUUGGUACACUUCGUGUAAAAAACAAAAUUAUUGAUGAUGAUGAUAUAUCAGGUAGUGAUGAUUAUGAUAUUGAAGGUGAUGUGAUAUCAUCAUAUCCUUCUGCUAUUCACCAUACCUCGUCUUCUUUAUCUCAUCCAAAACAUCAUGUGAAACAUCGAUGUAGACGAUCUAAACGUGAAGAGAGGAAGAAACGAUUUGAUGAUGUGAAUUCACUGCUACAAUCCAAUCUUAAUGUGUGUGUACCUGUUCAAUCAGAAGAUAAUAACAAUGUAACCAAAGAUGAUUCUCAUGAUUUAGAAAUAGAACAGCGUAUUCCUACUCGUGUACUAUCCGUUGUAUCAGACUCUGUUACUCCAAACAUGAUGAUGAAAAAUUUAAAACACAGUCGAAAACGUUGUAAACGUCUUCUUACUCCGACUGAUAUUUGUUUAUUGCAACGAGUUGAAGUUGAGUUGAGACAGCAUUUUUUCUCUCAAACUAAUUCAAAUAGAAUUGCUGGUCGUUGGACACCGUCAUUAUCAUUGUUGUCACAAUCAAUGUCACCUUCAAUGACUAACAACUGUACGAAUAAUGAUAAGAAUUACUAUUCGCAUUCAAAUCUAUUAUGUUUGGAUCCAUUUCAAAGAUUAUUGGUUCAUUCAAUUGCUAGCUAUUUAGGGUUGAAUUCAUAUAGUACAUGGUCUAAUUCACUGGGUGAACGUCAAUUAUGGGUGGAGCAAAUUCUAGGUAAAUGUAGUCAACCACCAAAGCAACACUUUGUGACGUUAAUUGAACAAAAAAUCACACAAUCAUCAUCAAAAUCAUUGAAUACAUGA